AUGACUACACCGAUCUCCCCACAAAUUCCCUUCGAGCUCUACCGGCCAAUCAUCGAAUAUGUUGCCGACUCCUAUGACAGCUAUCUCGCCAGGACCUGCAUCCUCCUUCGGGUCUGUCGAACUUGGAGAACUGAAACAGAGCGCAUCAUGUACACCAAAGUGAACGUCCCUCACUCUCGACUCCUCUUUUUCUGCAAAGCAAUCAUCUCCCGUCCGGCCCUUGGAGCACUCAUUCGUCGACUCGAAUUCACCGCCGCCGGGCACCGUCCCAAACAACCUGGCGACACCGAACUCGUCGCUGAGAUGUUGAAACUACUCCCCAACCUGACUGAUCUCGCAAUCAGUGAGGGGCCAUUCGACAAGAAUGUCUUUAGGACGGCGGACUGGGUCGUCGGGAAAAACGAUUACUGGGUCCUCGACAAUGUUCCAUUCAUACUCGAACGUUACCGCUGCCAUUUCUCAUGGGGUCAAGGGCUCGUCGACUUCCUGAGCACCCAGCCGUACCUGCGCGAGUUCAUCCACGUCGGUGGCGCUCCGGCCAACGCGGACUCCGUACCGGAAAUGUCGACCAAAAACACACAACUUGAUACCCUUCAUGUUCCACCACAUACUCUGUGGGGGAUGAAGGCGCCAUAUCCCUUGAUUACUCAUCUCCUAGUCAAGAUCUGGGACCUGUCCGUCGUGGACGCGUACGCCGCUGCUCGGUCAAUCGCGCCCCUGGGGGGGAGUUUGAGAUGUCUCUGUCUGUCGAGGCUGGCGGGGCCCGUCGUCGAUGAGUUUCCUUCCAUUUCGUCCAUGGUCAAGCUCUUCGCUCCGAGCGCCCCUCACCUGCGUUACCUCGCCAUUUACGACGAAGUCGAUUUCUCACGCGGAGAAAACAAGCGUCUGAAAGACGUCAUCGGGAAGUAUCUCCACAAGCUGGAAGUCCUCGUCUGGGCGCCGCUGUGGGAUUCGCGCAACGAAGACGAGGACUUUGACACGACCGACUCCGGCUUCUCCAUCGACACGGACGACGACGAAGAAAGCUUCGACAAGACGCAGCGUUACGCCCAAGCUAUGAUGAACGCGUGCUCCAGCCUCAAACUCUUCAUCUCAUUGCGCAGGUGCCAGUCCAGGGCUUGGAUUCGGGACACAGCGACGGGCAAGGCGCGGUUCGACAAGAGGGUGAACGGGGCUUCGGAUGACUGCUUCAAAAAUAUAGAUCCGGAUGCUCCGUUGGAUUACUUCCUCACCUAUACGCUGAGGGACCGGUCCAAACGCCGUGUAAUUACGGAGUGA